AUGGUCUCCUCUGAGGUGCUCGGUGAUUACGUGAGGGAGUACGCGGCGUCGCGGUUGCGGGAUCCCGUCAUGGCCAGCUGGGUGGGUGGUUCCCUCGCCUUUCUUGCAACCAUGUACGCUACGUCAAGCGGGCGGCAGCUCGCCAAGGCAAUGCCUCCGCCACCGUUGCGAGGCAUUCAGGGCAGUAUCGUGCACGGUACUGCCGCAUCUGUGGGGCAAAACGGGAGCGUCCCCACACUCGUGCCGCAAUCGAGCCCUCUGUCGCCGUCCUCUCCAGUGUCGCGCGCUACUACGCCCUCCGUUUUCAUCUCUGCCUCCGCGGCGACCGCAGAGGCUUACAGCCAAGUCUGCAACCAGGAGGUGUCUAUGUUCAAUCGCUUUGUGCAGCUGCUGCGUGUGGCGAUCCCCAACUACCAUGGUCGGGAGGCGCGGAGCAUCUACAUUCUCUUCGUGCUGAUGAUUCUGCGUGCUUACGUGUCGGUGCGCCUUGUGAAUGUCAGCGGGUUGGUCAGCCGCACGGCAAUCGAGGGCAACCUGCGGCACGCCAUCCGCGCACUGGCGUUAUUUGCCGUCUCGUGUGUGCCGGCCACUCUGCUGAACGUGACGCUCGACUACUACUCGGAGCUUCUGGGGCUGCACUGCCGCGACAACCUCGCCGCCUACUUCUCCAACCGUUACCUGAAGCGGCGUGUCUUCUUCCAAAUGGCCGGUCUGCACGAGGUGGACCACGUGGACCAGCGUAUCACCGAGGACGUGCGCAACUGGGCGCGUGUGUCGGCUUCCCUCUUCACCAGCAUUCCGCGUCCGCUGAUCGAGGCCAUCAUCUUCUCCUUCACAUUGGCGCGGCAGACGGGGUGGAAGGGGACGCUGUUGACCUGGUCCUACUACCUGAGCUUUUCUGUGUGGAUAUGUUGCUACGCCCCCAACCUCGACUGGAUGGUGCAGCAGCGUAUGGAGAAGGAGGGGGCGGUGCGGGGAGCACACCAGAGAUUGCUGGCCCACGCGGAGGAGAUCACGCUCACGAAGGGGUUUCAGUUCCACGAGAAAGUGUUGCAGCGCCUCUUUAAGGCAGUGACGGACCAGUCGCGCUACGCCGCCUAUGUGCGGUCGCGCUUCGACUUCACUGAGACCCUGCACAACAAAUACGGAUCCGUGUUGCUGGGCUACGUUGUGUGCGCCAUGGCUACCAUGCAUCAGAAGAACCAGACGACGACUGCUGAGGCGGCAACCGCAGCGCUGACGUGUGCAUCGUACACCUUCAAGACACUCGCCACCGCGAUUGGGAAGUCUCUGUGGAGCAUCAAGCUGGUGUUCGUCGUUGGCGGCUACACACGCCGACUGGCGCAGUUGCUUGCGGCGCUAGACCGCGCAGACGUGCUGGUGGAGAUGAAGACGAAUUGCAUCGCCACGUCCCCGACUGUGCGCGGCAGGGACGGGAGGGCCAUGAUCAACUACGAGGACUCUUUCGGUCGCAUUGUGCGCAGCGACCACAUUGAGUUCGUCGACGUCCCGCUUGUGCUGCCCACCGGCGAGUGCCUCUGCAGCUCCAUGUCAUUUUACGUCAAGCCGGGGAUGAACCUGCUCAUUCUUGGUCGCAAUGGGUGCGGCAAGUCCUCCACGUUUCGCCUUUUGGGUGAGUUGUGGCCGCUGCGGGGUGGCCGUAUCGAGAAGCCGGAGGCGGAGCAGCUGUACUACGUUCCGCAGCGGCCGUACAUGUACGACGGCACGCUCCUCGAGCAGGUUAUCUACCCCCUCAAGAAGAAGGACCUCACCGUCGGCGAGGCCGAGCUGUACGGCUACCUGCAGAUGGCGGGGCUGGACUACGUUUUCACCAAGUUGAACAUGUCGUGGGGGACGCGGCUGCCGUGGAGCGAUGACGCCCUCUCGCUUGGCGAGCAGCAGCGUCUUGCCAUGGCCCGCCUCUUCUUUCACCGUCCGCGUUUUGCCAUUCUCGAUGAGUGCAGCAGUCUUGUCGACCUCGACGUGGAACGGCAGAUGUACGACCGCUGCGUCGAGCUCGGCAUCACUGUCAUCACGAUUGCGCACCGUCGCAGCGUGUGGCAGUACCACAACUGGAUUCUCUACUUUGACGGCAGCGGUGGCUACAUGUUCUCACCACUUCAGUACGAGUCGGGUGCCUCGGCAUUGGUGCUGACGUCCGUGCGAACCGCCUCGGAUGCGUCGCUGAUCGGCACGGAGGUACGCCUACCGAUCACGGACCGCCUAUGCAACGAGGCCGAGACGGUGGCGGCAAAGGAGGAGCAGCCGUUGAAGCUCAUUGAAACAGAACAGAAGGCAGAGAGAGAAGAGGGGGCAGGGGCAAACGGAGAUGGCGGCGGUGCGCAUGGGUCACACAGGCAGUCGCGGCACAGACGCUCGCGCAAGCACCGGGCCUCAGACGCCAACAAGGCAGUUAGUUUUGAGGCCCCAGCGGAGACCAGCAGGAGGGAAUAG